UAAUUAAAAAAAAGUUAGAUCCCCACUGUCGAUAUCCUUGUUUUUCGUGAAGGGAAAAUCAAAGAAAAAUCAUUAAAAUGCUGGGACCUUUGGCUCGUGCGUCCAAUAAAUUGGGCAGAAAUGUGAUGACCAACAUCGUGAGGAACCACUCCCACGGCGGAGUUCCUGGCGAGAACCUGCCCUUCGACAUCAGCAACCGUUACAAGCUGACGGCGUUCUUCAUCAUCUACGCCGGCUCUGGCCUCUCUGCCCCCUACCUGAUCACUCGCCACCAGCUGCUGAAGAAGUAAGCAGGUAAACUAAUGAUAGCAUUGUGUGAUUCCGGAGGGUGAACAACAUAGGUUAAGUUUAGCAAGCUGUAAUUAAAUCAAUAAAUAACUUAUGAGUUA